AUGUCAGAACGAAAGGCUGUAAUUAAAAAUGCUGAUAUGGAAAGAACUGUACAAGAUGACGCUGUGUAUGUAGCAUCAGCUGCAAUGGAUAAAUAUGACAUUGAAAAAGAUGUUGCUGCUUACAUUAAAAAAGAAUUCGAUCGUAAAUACACUCCGAAUUGGCAUUGUAUAGUUGGAAAACAUUUUGGAAGUUUAAACAUGAUUUAA